AUUUCACUUCCUGUUACUCAGGUAUCGGACACACCUGAAAAACAACAGUCGAACGUCAUCUAAACUCUUAAGUUAUUACUGCUACAGAUAUCGUGAUUUCGAGUGAAAACCAGUUCAGGGACCGAGACUGACAUCCCAUGAGGGCAGUGGACAGAUCAGGAGGCGCCCAGCUUUAACCUACAUCUCGUUUAAUCGCAGGUUUCGCCUCAGGCCACAGAGGGGAAACUUCACCCCACAGCAGGAUGACUCUUUAUCAGCUGUGCUUUCUGGCUGUGGCCGGCGCUGCGUUUUUCCUGGCGCUAACUGAGGCCCAGGACUCCGGACAGCAGUGCCUUGAGAAAUUCACCCAGGGAAAGGAGGACUUCGUGUUAGACACGGAUGAGUCUGUGAAGGAGGGCGCCACCUUCCUGGCCACUCCUUCGGUCACUACAGCCUCAGACUGCGUGUCUGCCUGCUGCAAAGACCCCACAUGUAACUUAGCCCUGAUGGAGCGUGGCAGUGAAGAGGGGACCAUCAGCUCCUGCUUCACCUUCAACUGCUUAUACAAGCAGAAGAAAGUGUGCCGCUUUGUCAGAAAGAAGGGCUUCAAAAACUACGUCCUGACUUCUGUUUUUGGGAGUUACCUCAAGGAUUACACUCCAAGUGAAGAGGACAAGCCCCCUAUAGCGAUAGCAGGACAGGACAGAGUGAUUCAGCCUAAUGAACCAGUCACACUCAAUGGCUUAGAGAGCAGAGAUGACCAUAAAAUCAUAGACUACCAGUGGGAGCUGGUGUCUGGAAGCUCCCCAGCUGACAUUGUGAAAUCCACACAAUAUCCAGAUCAAGUAACUGUGCCUAAUCUAUCGCCUGGGGUAUAUAAAUUCAGGCUGACUGUAACAGACAAUGCCGGACAGUCAGACUCUGCAGAGGUCACAGUCUUGGUCCUCACGCCUGAGCAGUCGCACCAUCACUGUCUGGUGCCUAAGAAGGCAGGGCCCUGUCGUGGAUCCUUCCCUCGCUGGCACUAUAAUGCAGCCUCCGAGAAGUGUGAGGAGUUUAUCUUUGGGGGAUGCAGAGAAAACCGCAACAACUACUUGUCUAAGGCGGAAUGCCUAAAUGCCUGUGAUAAAGUGUCAGUGAAGACACCUGCAGGAGGAGGAAGACAUGGUCCGAUUGAAAUUCCCCCUGAGCAGUGUGGAGAGCCUUGUGGACCAGAGAAGUUCACAUGUGCUAAUGGAUGCUGCAUAGACAAAGAACUCGAAUGUGAUCAGGAGAAGCAGUGCAGUGACGGCUCUGAUGAGGAACAGUGUGACAAAUUGGGCUCAAAGUUCCGCAGACUGCUUGACAUACCUGUGGAUGUGGACAAAGUUCGUUGCACACAGCCUCCAGUCACAGGCCCUUGCCGGGCUAGUUUUACACUUUGGUACUACAACCCAUACGAGCGUCAGUGCAAACGUUUCAACUAUGGGGGCUGCGACGGCAAUGAUAAUCGCUUUCAAGCAGAGGAGCACUGCAUGAAGGUCUGCAAAGAUGUGACCGAAAAUGAUGUCUUCGCCAGACGGGCAGUCUUCGAGAAACAGACAGGGGACGGCAAUACAGCUUCCAUUGGAAUAGCUGUGGCACUGGGCUUGGCCAUCCUAAUCGUGCUGGCUGUGAUUGGUUACUACUUCCUGAAGAGCAAGAAGCAGACGCAGCCGAGGCACCAACGUGUUGCCGUCAACGGUGCACAUUCGUUUCCUGUGGAGGACACAGAGAAACUCGUCUACAACAGCACCACCAAACCCAUUUGAUUCCCACCCACUCCCCACCACCACAUUCUUUACUGUCAACCAGUGCUGCCCAUUCCCAGUGCUGGGAACUCACUGUCCUAAACGGUUUGGGAUUCUCCUUGCCCUAACGCCACCGAUUCAACUCUUCAACUAAUUACCACGGCCCUCAGUAGCUGAGGUUAAAGUAGAGUACAUUUGAAGCCAUGGAAGACAGUGGGCCACCAGAACUGAGACUGAGGACUCAGCACAUAGACCAAAUGCUUAUGAAAGCUUGUGAAUGCUUUUUUAUAGGUAAUUUUAUUUGUUUGACAGUCCUCUUGGAUGGAUUAAGAUGUUUUGUUUUGAAUAGGCAUGGGGCAACUGACCUAUCCAUGCUCUGCCCAUAUAUGAUCUUUCAUAGCAACUGUUGCCAGGUUAAAAAAAAAAAAUCAAAGAUCAUGCUUAAUGUAAUGAGAAACUAUAGUGCACUCUGUUUA